GUUUCAACAUUCCGAGUCUUUCAAUUUCUUUUAUCGAUUUAAAAAAAAAAAAAUUCAAAAUUCAAAAAAAAAUAUAUACUACCUUCUGAAUGGAGUAAGUGGGACCCUUCUGUUCAUUUGGAUGGACUUUAAUCAGCGCCUUUGUCCUCCAUCUGGGACUGGGCUUUGGUUCUUUAAAGCUACACUACUAAAAUCCCAAUUUUUCUCUCCCCCCUCUCUCUCUCUCUCUCUCUCUCCCGUUUAAGCAGAGCUUCGAAGCUAGUUGUGAUCUAUUUCUUCUGGGCCUUCAAGUCGUUUUUUCCCGGCGAGAUUUGGCCGGAGAAUGGCAUAUAUGUGCGCGGACAGUGGCAAUCUAAUGGCAAUUGCUCAGCAAGUCAUAAAGCAGAAACAGCAGCAAGAGCAACAGCAACAGCAACACCACCAACAACAGCAGCUCACCGGUCUCACCCCCUUUUCUAUGAGUCCAUGGACUACCACUCACCACGGCAUGUCCCAUACUCCCAAUAUGCCAUAUGGGUUACCCCCUUCCGGCUUCCCUGAUCCAUUUCAAGUCCCCGGAGGUUCAGAUUCCGGAGAACCAGGGUUUCAGUUUCCGCACCUGGAGCACCAGUCUACUGGGUUUAGAUUCUCCGAUUUCGGGGCUGGUCCCGGUGGCGAGUUCGACUCGGACGAGUGGAUGGAUAGCUUAAUGGGCGGAGGUGAUUCAACGGAUAGUUCCAAUCUGCCCUCUGGUUGCGACGCGUGGCAAAGCAAUGCUGAUUUUGGUCUCUACGGUGCCGAUCCAUUCGCCGCCUGUCCGAGUCGGCUCAGCGUCCCUUGCUCUUCCCCUUCGGAUCUCAACCGAGUCCUAUUCACCGAGAGCCAGAAAAGUCCUAACCCUCUGCAGCCUCAGGUGCCAGCCUGGACCCCACCUGCACCCCCAACGUCGCCCCCGGUGGUCGUGAACGACACCAAAUCAAUCAAUCCACCGCCGAAGAGCGUGCAGAAGAACGACGUCGUCACUGGUGGUGUCUCAACUAGUUCGCCGGAAAUCGAAUCGGCGCCGCCUCUGCUCAAAGCCCUGCUCGAUUGUGCCAGACUCGCCGAUUCCGAACCCGAUCGUGCUGUCAAAUCACUGAUUCGACUCAAGGAAUCGGUGUCAGAGCAAGGGGAUCCAACAGAGAGGGUCACUUUUCACUUCACUGAAGCACUAUACAAGAGAGUCUCUAUGCAAGCAGAGAAAAGCAUGUCCAUGUACGAGACGACUUCAGAGGAGUUCACUAUCCCUUACAAGGCUCUGAACGAUGCUUGCCCGUAUUCCAAAUUCGCUCAUUUGACGGCCAACCAAGCUAUACUCGAAGCCACCGAAAGGGCAAGUAAGAUCCAUAUCCUGGAUUUUGGUAUCGUUCAAGGGAUUCAAUGGGCUGCCCUUUUGCAGGCCCUGGCCACUCGGUCCACCGGAAAGCCCAUUAGGAUUAGGAUUUCCGGAAUACCAGCUCCGGCUCUCGGGAAAUCACCGGCGGCGUCUCUGUUCGCCACGGGCAAUCGUCUUCGUGAAUUCGCGAAGCUUCUGGACUUGAAUUUCGAGUUUGAACCGGUGCUGAUCCCGAUUGAUGAGCUCAACCAAUCGAGCUUCAAGGUGGAUCCGGACGAGGUCUUGGCGGUGAACUUCAUGCUCCAAUUGUACAACCUCUUGGAUGAGACACCGAUUGCCGUUCAGACCGCUCUCAGAUUGGCGAAAUCGCUGAAUCCUAAAAUCGUAACGCUGGGUGAGUACGAAGCGAGCUUGAACCGGGUUGGGUUUAUGACCCGUUUCAAGAAUGCGUUGAGGUACUACACGGCCGUUUUCGAAUCGUUGGAGCCGUACUUGAGCAGAGACUCACCGGAGAGGCUUGAAGUUGAAAGGCUUUUGCUUGGCCGUCGUAUUGCUGGUCUGGUCGGACCAGAGGAACCGGGUUCGAAGAGAGAACGUACGGAAGACAAAGAGCAAUGGAAGUCGUUAAUGGAAAGUUCUGAUUUUGAGCCCGUACCUCUUAGCCAUUACGCAGUGAGCCAGGCCAGGAUCCUCCUCUGGAACUAUAAUUACAGCCCUUUAUAUUCCCUUAUUGAAUCUCCACCUGGUUUUCUCUCUUUGGCAUGGAAUGAAGUUCCUCUGUUGACUGUUUCCUCAUGGCGUUGAUGGGUUUUACCUUGAUUGGUUAUUGGGUUUUCACCAGGUCUUUUAUCUCUGGUGGGGAACUAUCUAAAGUAUGAAUACGCCAUUAAUGGUCUUCCAUGCUUCUUAUUGUUCGAUUAAUUCUGAUAUGGACCGCACUCUUGCUUAGUGAGUUAACAGAUAUUACUCAAUCAAAAUCUAGCAUUAAAGCGCACUGCAUCACAAACGUCUUGUGGGAGCUUUUUGGACCAGAAUUUGCUUGUUAAUUUUGUAGUUUGUUCUUAGUUUUCAAACUUUUCUCAACGUUAUAGUUUUUUUUUUUUUUUUUUUCUGCUUUUGUUGGGGCAUUUUCUUACAGGUUUGGGACUUGAAUAUGACUAAUUGUAAAAAAAGGCAUUGAGACUGAGGGGGAAUGAAGAACUUUUUUUCCUUUCGGUUUUCUGUGAUUCUGUAUGUAAAUUUGAAUUUUCAGUGUAGUUUUUAUAAUCAAUUUAGUUACAUUCAUUCUCCUUGUACAA